AUGGCUGGCCCAAUUGAUUCUCCUACAACAUAUCCUCAUACUACCCCUCGAAGCCCUUUUAAGUCUAGUGAUGGACUUGUCCCUGGCAAAGAGAGUUCCAGACAGAUACGAGCACAGUCCUCUACCGAUUCAGGAGUCGGGGACGUGUUUGAAGAUGCUGCUGUAACAAUAAACGGUCCACUUUCCCCGAGCACCACUGCUGAACCGGAUAUUUCCAAGAGUUCUUCGUCUCGUGAUGAGUCUGGAACCAUUAUGCCAGAAGACCCAUUUGAUAGUCAGCAUAACCGCAUAUUGUUCGAUGCCAUCGAUGCGCUCCAGUCCUUUGGAGCUGGAGAAUUGAGUAUUCCUCAGCUCAUCAUUGUUGGCGGCCAGUCUUCUGGCAAGUCGUCUCUACUGCAAAGUUUGACUGGCAUUCCAUUUCCCGUUGAUAGCGGAUGCUGCACUCGUUUCCCUACUCGCAUCGUCUCCCGACGUACUGAACCAGAUAGUGAUGAUUCUUUCCGCAUCACUAUUGAUCCUGCUGAAGUCGAUGUUCCUGGCUUGGACCCUGCAUCUGAUAACAUCAGGAAUUAUGAGUGCAGUGGUAAGAUCCUCACGAAAGAGAGAUUCGCCAAGGUCAUCGAAGAGAUUUCCUCCGAAUUCAUGGGUCUCCGAACGGGUUUGGGAGACGACAGAAAGAACUUUGUAGCAGAGGUUCUCAAGGUCGAACUUUCUGGUCCGCAGCGUUCCUACUUUAGUAUUCUCGACCUUCCCGGCACAUUUCAAAACGCUUCCACCGUUAACGAGACGGAUCAAGCCAAGGUUGAGAAUAUGGUCAAAGAAUACAUGGACAGCGAAGACAACAUAGUUAUCUGCGUUGUCGACGCCCCUACAGACUUUGAUCGACAGGAGAUUUUGAGAUUGGCCAAGAAGCCUAUCAAACAGAACCGGUUUGUUGGCGUCUUCACCAAGUGUGACAUGGUACAGCGUGAACCUGAAGCAGCAAAGAGAAUCGUAUCGAUUGCAACCGGUAACUCUACCCAUAGUCUAGGAAGUCUUCGUGACGGCUGGUUCCUCGUCCGGAACCGAGCAGACAAGGACCCGGAUUCUUUCGACCUCGGCGCCGCAGAAAAGAAGCUAUUCAGUAAAAGCCCCUGGAACUCUGUUUCUCAAAGACGUCUAGGGUCGUCUGCGGCCAAGUCGUAUCUAGGAACUCUUUUGAGUUCAAAGAUUCGAGAGUGCUUCCCAACGCUUCGCGGCACAAUCCAGCACAACCUUGAGGAGAGGCUGCAAGAAAAAGCAAUGCUCGGAGAACCUCGUCUUAGCCAUGCCGCAAGACAACAGUACGUUGUUGGGACUGUUCGGAAGUACGAGGAGAAGGCACAGAUAGCCCUCGAUCGUCCUGGCUUUCUUCACCCCAGUAUGGAGAUUUGCAGGGAGGUCAGCCGUCUGAACGCAGAGUUUGAUAAAUUUAUGCGGACCUACGGUGGUACUUGGCACUUUGAAGAUGUUGAUGUUGAUCCUCUGUCCUUGAUUGAGGAACGUAUGGCACUCCAGGCAGAGGCCAGUGCUGAAGGUCGAGUUCUCCCCCCGCAUACUCGCAAAACUCCCAAGACAGGGAAGAAUGCCUCUGUGAAAAAAGCGUUCCCUGGUCUAUCAGAGGUUCGAGAUACGGACGAUCUCAUGAGGACCAUCGACGAAAAAUUCUCGAUGUAUCAGGUGUCUCAGCUUGAUGGCGUGAUCAACCCAGACAUAUAUCCGGACAUGUAUCAAGAGCAAGUGAAGAAGUGGACAGCCAUCGCAGAGCAUCACCUUCAGCGGGUCGCUUCAACAGUCAGUAGCUGCACAAGUUCUAUACUUGAUGAUGUAUGCCCACUCGAGGGAGAUACAGGAAUUAUGUCAAGGGAACUUAGGGCUCUGUUGGAAUCGACCUUUAAUCAAUCCGAGGCUCAGGCGUACGAUCGCUGCAAGUCUCAAUGCGAGAUGGAGACGAAGUGUACACGACUACAAUCAACUGGGUCUCGAUUUGGAGAUGAGAUACUGAAUUGGAGAAGGUUCAGAUUCUUUGAGGCAUUCAGCAGCUCUUACACUGGACCGGACAGCAAUCUUUCUCUUUGCUUUAACUCGAUUCAUCCCAGUCUGCAGAAGAACAUGGUCGUGGAUGUCCACGACGUCCUGAAGGUGUACUACAAGAUUUCUCUGGACGCUUUUAUUCGCAAUGUCAACAUGCAUGUCAUUCAGUCAUUUGUGACUGCUGAAGAUGGUCCAGUUUGGGGACUUAGUACCAACCGUAUCCUUGGCCUAUCCGAGGAAGAGAUGAAAAUUGUUGGUGGAGAGAAUGAGAAUACCGCUCGGAGACGAAAGGAGCUUGACCAUGAUAUCGAGAAGUUGCGUGGUGCUCUGGCUAUCGUCGAUAGGGCAACACGACAAACGGCCGGCUUGGAGAGAGAUUGA